GCUCCCGGCGGCAGGCGGGACUUGUGCUCGAAGCGGUGGCGCCAAGGCCGGCGGCGAUGGAGGCCGUGCUGGGGCAGGUGGAGCAGCUUCCCGCGCUCUUGGCCGUGUCUCGCUCCGCGCUGGUGCGGGACUGGGACCCCCUGACCAUCGACAGGGCUCUAGAGUGGGCCCGGUAUUUCCAGCACCUCCACGACCGCUUCCGCAACCGGCCUCGGCUCCGGGAGGCCCUGGGGCGGCGGCUGCGGCGGGGCCAGCCCGGCUCCCCGCUCGGCUUCUCGCACCUGGGCCGCUGCCCGCAGCUGCUGGGCCUGGCACUGCUGGAGAACCGCGCCCUGCCGCCCGCCGCCUACCGCCGCCUGCUCCACAACCUGCUGCAGCCUUCCGACGCGGAGGCCGACUCCCAGUCCUGCGGCCUGGCGCUGCUCGCCCGCCGGAAGGCCGCCUCCCGCCUGCUGACGCUGGCCUGCGGCCCGCUGCUGUCCCCGGAGGGGCUGGAGCCGCAGGUGCAGGCGAAGGCGCAGCUGCUGCUGGACCGGCUGCGGGAGGAGGAGUGGCAAGAGGCCGCGCCGGCCGAGGGGGCCGCGCCGGCCGAGGGGUUCGCGGGCCGGCUGCGCUGGCUGCCCCGUGCCCUGGAGCAGCUCCCCCAGCCCCGGGCCUUCGAGGUGGUGGCGGCGGCGCUGCUGCUGCUGAGGGAGGGGAGCGGCGCCGAGCAGGCCGGAGGCGGGGGUCGGGACGGGAGCGGGCUGGACGGCAACCAGGCGAGUGGAGCAGGAGACGGAUAUGUUGCCGGGCCCCUUCUUUCCUGGCUGCUGGGGAACCCGGAGCGAUUUUCUGCCUUCUGCCUCUUACUUCCGGGCUCCCUUCUUGCCUCCCUAGCUGGUCACUAUCCCCAGUUAAGCAGACCUUAUUUGGACCUCCUAACCGGCUGGGGAAGGCACUUGCUCUAUGACCCUUUGCAGGGACAGUGGCUUAAAAGCUGUCCUGAGGAAGCUGGAUUGUCCUGGGAGGAGCUGAGGGAGCGCUUCAGCUGCCUCUGCCAGGGAUCUGUGCUACUCAGGGAACAGACCCAAGCUGCUCUAAAACUCUUGAAGGUGCAGGAUGGAGACUUCAAUGUUUGUGGCCUAAGUGUGUGGACGGACUUACUGAUGGAAGUAGAGGGAAUGUCUGAGGAAAGAAGCAGAGCGCUUAUGCGUGAACGCAAAAGCAACAUGAAAACUUCGAAAUCUAGCAAAUCUGAUUAACUGUAUUUGAUAUGAAAGGCAAGAACACUGUACCUUGCUCUAGGCUGAAAACCAAGCACUGUUGUGACUGCUGAUCACACUGGUUCUGACUGCAUGUGAAGUCUUUCUGGGAGGCCUUGUGCUUUAUUAUAAUUGCUCUGUCAACUCUGGUCACCACAGGAAAUGUCUUUCUUUUCAGUACUUGCUGCUCACCUAAUAAAAUGAAGAAAAUGC